AGCAAACUUCAUUCUUCACGAGACACCUUUGGUCAUAUGAUUUUAGUGUGAGAAGAAGAAAAUCUUCAAAAGGUCGUGAAAAAUGUUGAAAUUCGCCCUAAUAACUAUCUUUUCCAUUGCGGCUGUAAAUGCCUCAGGAUUCCUAUCAGUUCACCACUACCCGGACUCAAUAGAAUUUAAGGGAAACGAUGAAUUGAGCACUGAUUCCAUUUCCGAUGUAUUCCUCGCCUGUCUGGGCAACACCAUCGACAGUCAGAGUGACUUCGAUGGCCUUCGUAUCCGGAAUCCCUUCAAUAUGCCCAAGUCUGCCCUGGUUGUGCAUGUUGAUGGCAUUGAGAAGCUCAAUUUUGCAUCCACAAAGGCCCAGCAGUACCCCCUGUUUGGAUCUUCAGGCUCCAGCAGCUUGGACAUGCUGAAUUCCAGGGUGAAUCACGUGAAUGUUGAUCUGGAGGAUCAUCACGAGACGCUUUCAGCUAUUUCCGAAGGCUAUGGAGAUUUUAAGCCAGUCGUUGGGAAAUCUACCUCAUCCCUCAAACCUUCUGUCUAUCCUGAAGACAAAGAUUUCCUGUACAAUGUUGCCAUCAUCAACGAACUCACAAACAAGAUCAAGACUAAAUCAUCAGUUCCACGCCUGACCACAGUACGUAUCUCCCUCGCUGAUCUUGCAUCCGUUCACGGAGGUUCUUCAUCUGCUGCCUUUGCGGAUGCCAAGAAAAUGCUCACAAGUGCUGUUGAGAAUCUGAUUGAGGCUGCUGAAGCUGCUAAUGAUGGAAACAUUGUUGUGGCCACACUCACGACCAAAGAUGAUUUGUCACGUGCCAAGCGAGCAGUUGAACCUCGCCAGGAAGUUCCGGCUGAUCUCAACCUCGCAAAAUCCUACUCUUCAAACUACCCAGUAAUCUUCAAUAUCAUCCUCUGGUUCGGCGUUGUACUCUUCUUCGCCCUCCUGGCCAUUUGCUAUGCUAUCGCCGAUAUGGAUCCAGGCAGAGAUUCCAUCAUCUACCGCAUGACUUCCACACGCAUGAAGAAGGAUAACUAAGGAUUCCACGUGCGUGGGAGUGUGAUGGGCCAAAGGAGCCCCGGGGAUGUAAAAAGUAUUAGAUAAAAAAAAAAGAUUGUUUCCUUUUCCAAAAAAAAAAUAAUAGUCGCGAAGGAGAAGACUCAUCGAUGUCGAUGGGAUUUUUAAUUUAAGCGUAGAUUUUUGUUGGCUGUAUAUUUUGUGAGAAAUCGUCAUCAUCAUUAAUGAGAAUUGAGUGUACAGUAAAAUAAAGUUAAAGAAAUAAAUUUUAGUUGGAGAUACGAAAAA